AUGAGCCAGGAGGCAAAUGAGAAUGUAGACAGGUCUGCCCAAUUCCUUUUAAAGCCCCAGAAACCCAUUCAGCCUUACAUCUGCUCGACUCUGGAUGAUUUUCAGGAAGAGAGAGACUAUUUGGCAAACUACAUCUUCCCUCAGCUGAGCGAAUUCUGCAAUUCCCGGGGUGCGUGUUUGAAAGCUGUGGACCUGAGGUGGUCAGCGUUGAAGGCCCAGGUGCCCUUACCCUUCAAUCUAUUUAGACAACAUUUUUGUCUCCACUAGCAACAUCUGAAGCUCUGUCUGGACUGCGUGAACAGCUGCUUUCCCUCUUUUUUCUGCUUGCUGGGUCAGACAUACGGGGACUUUCUCCCUGAUUACUCACCUGUCGUGUUCUCCAAGGCAACUGACUUGUCAAGUUUAUCCAUAAUGGAACAGAAUCUCUAUGUUGCUGCAAAAAACUGUUAUCCUUGAGUCCUGGAGAAUCCCAACUGCAGUCCGACUGAGUUAGAGAUCAUCCAAGCAGCAUUUCUGAAUGAGUCUCAAUUUCAGUAUUUUUACUUUAGGACGGGAACCAUGCUGCUGAAGCCUAUGGACGAGGAAAAGGAGGAGAUGCUGUCCGCAGGUUUUCUGAUCAACGAUGAGGAAAAAUUAAAGAUUGGAAAGCUUAAGGCCAAGAUUAUUAGCAAAGGGCUACCUGUCACGUUGUUCAGAGAUCUCCGUGAGUUGGGUGAGCUGGUUCUCAAGGACUGGUUGGUUGUGAUAGAAAAACUUUACCCAGCCACUUUAAUGAUGGAAAAUAUAGACUUCAAGCACAACUUUGAACGUUUCUAUCAUGAAGAGUUCACUGAGAAGUGCAAGGAAGUGUUUGUUAUUUCCAAGGAGUCAAACAGAACCUUUGAAAUCUUGGAAAGAUUUGCCUUAAAGGAUGUGGAAUUUAAUUUUAAUAAUGCCGCAGCAGGCCCCAGCUUAUCUAUUCUCAGCUGCAGCUCCUGCGUGGGCUGUGAGCCUGGGCGCCUCCCUAGUGGGAAUGCUGAAACGCCCCUGGGUACCCAGCUUGAGACUGAUAUUCUCAAUGAAGAUGCAAAUAUCUUGGUCUUUUCACUUCUUGUAGAAGUGUGUAUUGCUUCCGUCAGUGUAAAGCCAUGUAUACUUGUACUAGAUGGAAUCGAAGAAUUGGUUGGCAUUUAUGGGAUUUCAGGAGAGAAGGCAAAAGACCUUUCCUGGCAGCCAGGCUUGCUGUCUCCUCAUUGCAAGUUUAUCAUGAGCGCUGUCUCCGGAUCCAGCCUGUCCUACAAGUUGCUGUGUGCCCGCCCAGACGUGAGGACGGUGGAGCUCAUCAGCACAGAAGAUGAAGAAGCGAAACGACAUAUCUUUAGACAGUAUCUCCCCCUUCCCAGCAAAGACCCCUUCCGACAGAACAGACGCAGCUUGAGGAAAAAACCAAAUCUGAGUACUUUAAAACUCACAGUCCUGGCAAAUGAACUGAAAGAAUGCAGAAUCUACUGAAAUGAGUUUCAGUGUCUGAAGGAGUAUUUGGGGGUGGUCCCCAUUCAGGAGCUCUGGGAAGUGAUUCUGAAACGCUGGACUGAAGACUAUAGUUGGACUUUGAAACAAAAAAAGGCAAAUUCAGACACUGUGGCUUCAGGAGAAGUGCUGGAACGCAGACUUUUUGAGGUUACUGCCACUGACAGAUGCCGAUUAGUGUCCUUUAUUGCGAGAUUUCUGAAGCUUCUGGGCAAGACCAAUGAAGCAGAAGAGUUAUUCUUGAGUGUUGAGAACAUGUUAGUGCAGAGUUGGUCCAUGACAGGAAUGCUUCCCAAAGUACAGAAUGCUAUUGGGGAACUCUAUCUGGAAAUAGGGAUGACCCAGGAGGAAGGUUUCUGGUAUUUCCAGGAAGCGUGGUCCAACUUGAUGGAAUUUUCAUCCAGCAACUUAAAAGACAACCAGGACUUAGUGAAGCAAAAAGGCAGAGUGCUGAACAACCUGGCAAAGUCAGCAUCUAAGGAGUACUUAAAAGAAAAUCAUAUUCUGCAAUGUGCUACUGAAAUGUCCAGCUUACUGGACAACAACACCUGUGACCAGGCCACCAUGAAAAACACUGAAGGUGUUCUGAUAUCUGCUGCCGGAAACGCUUCUCUUGCAAAAAUGAAAUUUCAAGAAUGCUUAAAUAUCAGGAAGUUUGGUGAGAAAAACAUCAUAGUUGGAGAAAUUAUGGAAUUUUUAGCGGAUUUACUGUUUUUCCCACUGAGACAUAGUGAAAGGUAAAUUCAAAGGAAGCAAGCAAUUGAAUAUUAUAAACAAGUGAUAAAAAUAAAGGAAAAUGCAGGCACUCUGGCCAACUCCUCACUCGUCAGGAAGCAGCUGAGCAUUAGCCUAAGUGAUACCUUGUGUAAAUUAGCAGGUCAAUUAUUGAUAAGUAACUCUUGUCAUCAAGUCAUGAUGGAGGCUGUGGGCUAUUUGUACAGAUCACUUGAUUCAAGGGCUGCCUACCUGGGAUCUUCUCAUUCAUCGAUCAGUGGAAUCCUGCACCUCCUGAGGGAAAAUGAGUGGAUCCGGGGUAGGAGAUGUUGGCCUCAAGGCAUGAGCCAGCAAUAUUCUGAGGGUCCCAGGAAUGGCGCCUCAUUAUGGGAGCACUUGAUUAAGUUAAACUAUCACAGCGCUCAGAGUUCCGACACAGUGAGCUCGGCAGUGUGCACCAGGGCAGAUAAGCCACAGGGGGCUAAAAGCUUGGACUUGGUGCCUCAUACAAUUUCAGAUAAAUCAAAAUAUGCUUCAGGACAAGGGAAAAAGUUCUUGAGACCCAUUAUUUCCGUUUCUGCUGAGGAAAAGACCUGA